UCAAACUCAACACCCAAAGAACAAAUAAACCAAAAGGCCAUGAUCAAAAAUGCCAGUUUGUCAGAGGAAAUGCAACAGGACUCUGUGGAGUGUGCUACUCAGACACUGGAGAAAUAUAACAUAGAGAAAAACCUUGCCGCCCAUAUUAAGAAAGAGUUCAACAGGGAGUACAACCUCGCCUGGUACUGCAUUGUGGGGAGGAACUUUGGUGUUAAUGUGAUGCAUGAAACCAAACAGUUCAUCUACUUCUACCUGGGCCAAGUGACCAUUCUUCGAUUCAAAUCUGGUUAA